AUGUCUCUCACAAACUGCCGCUUCUACGAGGAGAAGUACCCCGAAAUCGACUCGUUCGUCAUGGUCAACGUCAAGCAAAUCGCCGAAAUGGGCGCGUACGUCAAGCUCCUCGAAUACGACAACAUCGACGGCAUGAUCCUGCUCUCGGAACUCUCGCGACGACGUAUCCGCUCGAUCCAAAAGCUCAUCCGCGUGGGACGCAACGAGGUCGUGGUCGUGCUGCGCGUGGACAAGGAGAAGGGAUACAUUGACUUGUCGAAGCGCCGCGUCAGCCCCGAGGACAUCAUCAAGUGCGAGGAGCGGUACAACAAGAGCAAGAUGGUGCACAGCAUCAUGCGGCACGUGGCCGAGAAGACCAAUACGCCCAUCGAGGAGCUGUAUCAGGAUAUCGGAUGGCCGCUGAACAAGAAGUAUGGACAUGCGGUGGAUGCGUUCAAGCUGAGCAUUACGAACCCGGAUGUGUGGAACGAGGUGACUUUCAAGAGCGAUGUCAUUCGCGAUGAGCUGCAGUCGUACAUUGGCAAGCGCCUCACGCCCCAGCCGACCAAGGUCCGCGCGGAUGUGGAGGUGACGUGUUUCGGGUACGAGGGCAUUGAUGCGGUCAAGUCGGCUCUGCGCAAGGCUGAGGCCAUGAGCACCGAGGAGACGCAGGUCAAGGUUCGACUGGUCUCUCCUCCCCUUUACGUCCUCACUUCGCAGACCAUCGACAAGACCAACGGCAUCGAGGUGCUCAACGAGGCGAUCAAGUCCAUCGACGCCAGCAUCCGUCAAUUCGACGGCGGUAGCUGCUCGAUCAAGAUGGCGCCCAAGGCGGUUACGGAGAACGACGACGCUGAGCUGCAGGCGCUCAUGGACAAGAAGGAGCGGGAGAACAUGGAGGUUUCGGGUGAUGAGGACGAGAGCGAGAGCGACGAGGGCGUGGUGGCUGCGCAUGAUUAG